AUGGAAGAGGAUACGCUAGUACUGGAGGACAGCAGCGUCGAGAAGGUCACCCUUUCGACCGCCCUGCCCUUGGGGAUCGAUCCUGUGGCGAUCGUCAGUAAACUCGUGACGGAAACCACCAAAAUCUUGACAACAACCACCCAGAGCACCUCCACCAUGGAUCACACCACAACUUCCAGCGUACCUACAACGUCCACAAUGGAGACAUCCACCUUCACCGUGGGUUCGAUACUGGCCGAAUCGACCACCGCUGUACCCGUGGUUGAGGGACUCCUAUUUUCUUGGUUCGAUUAUACAAUCUUCGCCCUGCUGCUGCUCCUUUCCGCCUUCAUUGGGGCGUACUUUGGGUUCGUGUCGAAAAUCAAGCAGAACAACACCAAGGAAUACCUUCUCGGGGGGAAAACGAUGGGCAAAUUUCCCGUCUCGGCAUCGCUGAUUGCAAGCCAUAUUUCGGGCAUCACAAUGCUGGGUGUUCCUUCGGAGAUGUACAGCCAUGGGACGCAGUAUUGGUUGUUUAUUAUACCAGCAUUUUCGGUCGCCUACUUGAUGAAACAGAUCUACCUGCCGGUGUUUUACGAUCUGCAGGUGACAUCGGCGUUCACCUAUCUGGAGCUACGCUUCGAUAAAUUUGUCCGAUCGGCGGCCAGCCUUGUGUACGUAAUUCAGUGCAUCAUCUACAUACCGAUCGUGAUCUACGUACCGGCGUUGGCCUUCAGUCAGGUGACUGGAAUCAAUCUGCACGUCAUCACACCGGUCAUCUGCGUCAUCUGCAUCUUCUACACUACCGUUGGCGGAUUGCGCGCGGUCGUCUGGACCGACACACUGCAGUUCGUGCUGAUGAUCGGAGCCUGCCUGGCCGUUAUCGCACUGGGUAUCAGCUCCGUCGGUGGGUUCUUCGAGGUAUGGCAGGCAGCCGAGCGAGGCAACAGGCUUAUCUUCUUCAACAUGGACCCGAAUCCGUUCGUCCGUACGUCGUUCUGGACGGUGUGCUUCGGGCUGACGACGCUUUGGGUGUCAAACCUGGCCGUUAGUCAGGGCUGUGUGCAGCGGUUCCUCGCCGUACCGGACCUGAAGGUGGCCAAGAACUCGCUCAUCAUCUUCACCGCCGGGUUGAUCUUCGUCAAAAGCUGUUCCUGCUUCAUCGGUCUGCUGAUCUACGCCAAGUAUGAGACGUGCGAUCCGUUCUCCAUACAAAAGAUCUCCAAAAUUGACCAGAUCCUGCCGUACUAUAUCAUGGAAGUGGGUGCAAAGAUCCCUGGGCUGCCGGGUCUGUUUGUGUCCGGUAUCUUCUCGGCCGCACUGUCGACGAUGUCGUCCGUGCUGAACACCCUGGCUGGCACCAUCUAUGAGGACUUCAUCCGCCAUCGGAUCCCUAACGCCAGCGAAAAAACGGCCAGUAAUACGAUGAAGAUGUUGGUCGUGGUGCUUGGCUUCCUCGUUCUGGGACUUGUGUUUGUCGCCGAGCGCAUGGGUCAGGUGAUGCACAUCGCCAUUUCGCUUUCGGGUGUCACAUCCGGCACCAUGCUGGGUAUGUUCACCAGCGGAAUGAUCUCGAGACGGAUGAACACGAAAGGCAUCAUCAGUGCGUCGGUUGUCUCGAUGAUACUUACCGGCACGGUUAUGAUCGGUGCUCAGCUGAAUUCUAAGCCUCCGAUGUUGCCCCUGCGCACGGAUGGCUGCGACGAGUCUCUUAUGGCCAACGUCACCACCAUCCUAACCGAAGCUACCGCUCCCGAUACUGUUCCACUGUUCUUCAAGCUGAGCUUCAUGCACUACGCACUGUUAGGUCUGGUUAGCUUCUUUAUCGUCGCGUAUGUGGUCUCCGAGCUGACCGGAGCGGGAGAUAUCAACGAUGAGCGACUGUUGGCCCCUUUCAUGCGUAACCCGAGCAAAUUGGAGAAGGAAAUGACGCUGCUGAAGCACAACAUCAAGUAUGACGAGAUUGACUUGGCGCUAAAGGAACUCCAGAAACCCGUUGAUUUGGAAAAGAAAUGA